UCUGACAAGGUCUGGCAGCCCGCGCAACAGCUGCUCAAAAAGCAAGUAAAUAUCCGCUGGCGUUUCUAUUUAUUUUCGGAAGCAGAAACGAAGCGGGGAAAGGCGGCGCCGCGGUGGGCGGCAAGGCAAGCGAGUUGAAAAUAACCAAGUGCGGCAGAGGAGCGGCAUCUGCAGAAGUAGCAGACGUAGCAGAGUGACCUGCGAGUGCACGAUGACGAGUCGCCAGCGGACGGUGAUCAUCUUCAAGUCGGAGUCGGAGAGCAGCGACCUGUACGCGGAGACGCUGGAGCGGCACGACUUCAACCCCGUGUUCGUGCCGACGCUGAGCUUCGGCUUCAAGAACCUGGAGCAGCUGCGCGCCAAGCUGCAGACGCCGGACAAGUACGCCGGCAUCAUCUUCACGUCGCCGCGCUGCGUGGAGGCGGUGGCCGAGGCGCUGAGCCUGGGCGAGCUGCCCGGCGGUUGGAAGAUGUUGCAUAACUACGCCGUCGGCGAGGUGACCCACAACCUGGCGCUGAGCACCCUGGACCAGCUGUUCACCCACGGCAAGCAGACGGGCAACGCCCGCGCCCUCGGCGAGUUCAUCGUGGACACCUUCGACGGCUCGCGGGCGCUGCCGCUGCUGCUGCCCUGCGGCAACCUGGCCACGGACACGCUGCUCUCCAAGCUGGCCGAGAACGGCUUCUCCGUGGACGCCUGCGAGGUCUACGAGACGCGCUGCCACCCCGACCUGGGCGCCAAUGUGGAGCGCGCGCUGGAGGUCCACGGCGAGUCCAUGGAGUUCCUGGCCUUCUUCUCGCCGUCGGGCGUCAACUGCGCCCAGCAGUACUUCGCCAGCCGGCAGCUGUCGAUGGACAAGUGGAAGCUGGUGGCCAUCGGGCCGAGCACCCGGCGCGCCCUCGAAUCGCAGGGCCUGAAGGUCUACUGCACGGCGGAGCGGCCCACCGUGGAGCACCUGGUCAAGGUGCUGCUCAACCCGCAGGACAGCCGGGAGCGACUGCUGAAGGAGCGCGAGCGGAUCGCCGCCCUCGAGAAUAACAACUAAGAUGUCUAGUCCUAGGACCCUGGGUUGGCCGCAGAUUGCUUAAGGCAAUCUCUCUCAUCACCCACCAUUCGUUGACCCACAUCCCGGACUUGUUGUUCAUGGUCGGGGUGCCAUAACCCUGUACAACUCCACCGCGGAGAUCUCAAGGCGGAGAUUUUGUCCCAGGAUGCACACGUCCUUGCGGAGUGCUAAUGAAAUCGCCAAGUUCAUCGUCCUAAGGUUCAUAUCCCCAUCUGAAUACUUCUAAGAUGAGCCCAGUGGAGCCCCGAUUGAAAGUCACGGGGCAAGUAACACCACGUCCCCGAACGAAUCGAAAGAGACCACAACUCUGGGUUUUUUCGGUUGACCUCCGAGCGAGUACAAAAUUAGCGGGCAUCAAAUGCCGACGUCUUUUUCUGUUUACCAUUGGAUUAAGCUGAAUAAAUUGUUUCUUUUCUAAAUUUA